UAAAAAUUAAUAAAGAAAAAGCUUUUCUUUUAUUUAGCGAAAAUGACUUCUAGAGCAAACUCCUAUUUGUAUAUGAGCUUCGUGAGUAAACUGAGUUGGCUGUUGGUGUUAACUCUAGUCCUACUUCAGCGCUCAAUACAAGGAAUUCCAUUAUUCCCGCAAACUGAAGACUGUGGCCCCAGCUUUUCGGAGGAUCCCAAAAAAUGUACUCACGGUGCCUUUGUGCUCAAUUCCAACCGCACGGAAUGCUCUCCACGCAUUAUUUGCUAUAGUAAUUUGGGCGAGAGCUGUCAGGUCUACGACUAUGGUGCUGUCAGCAAUUGCCUGCCGAAUUUGGUGUGUAGUUGUGAUAAAUGUCGCGAAGUGCUGACAAUUUGCAAGGCACCGUCGCCUUUCAAUAUGGCCAAACGUGCGAAACCAGCAUUUGUAGAAUAUGGGAAUUGAGUUGCUAUUUGUGGAGCAAAUAACGGUGAAAAUAUCGACUAUUUGUAGAUGACGAAAAUAUUUUGGGCUAAACUAAAUGGAUUACGCAGAGACUUAAGGAUAAUUAGUGAAUAUUAAAUAAAGAUAUCAUAACACAUAAUAUAUUUAGUGAAAACACAUAACCACUUG